AUGAAUGAAUUACACUGGGAGGAUUCUAGAAAACUGUUUUGUAAUUCUGAUAAAUUAUUUUAUGAUAAUUUAAUAAAUUUAGAUGAUAGACUAAACGUGAAUAAUAACUUCAACGAAAAUAAAUAUGAGGACACAUAUGAUAAAAUAUACUUAAGGAAUAAUAGGAGAUUCAAAACAGAACCACCAAAAACAAUAUGCGAGCAAGGAGGGACCCCUCAAUUUUACUCAUCAUUUUUUCAUAACAUAUUUAAAAAUUUAUCAAAAAAUAUUAGUUAUAGUGGUGGUAAUAUACAAAAUGAGGAGAAUGUAAAGAUAAAGAAAAAGACAUCUCCCUAUUAUAAUGAUUCACGAAAAGUAAAACAUAUUCAUUUGGCCAAACGGGAUAGUAGAGGUGUUACUAGUAGAAAUAAAAAUAAUCUCUUAUAUAGGAAGACAGAUUCGAUAAAGAACGUUUUGGUCAAGAAUGCUGUUGGUGGAAAAUCAGGAGAUCUAGAAGGAAGAUGUAGAAGGCACACUGAUGGAAAUAAGAGAAGUGGACACUGUUCACACGAGGAUGAGGAAGCGGAGAAAUUAGAAACGGAAGAUUUGGGUAAAGAAUCGGAAGGAAAACUUUGCGAAGAAUCUGGAGAAGAACCUGGAGAAGCUUCUGAUGAUGAAGACGAAGAAAACAGUGAUGAAGAAUCUGAAGAAACUUCUGAUGAAGAAGACGAAGAGAACAGUGAUGAAGAAGGUACUUACACAAAAGUGCCGAUGGAUAGAGGAGGGAACACGCAAAAAGAUGGUUCAAAAAGUCUAGAUGAAAAUCGAAACGAAAAGAAGGACGAAAAAGGCACAAAGUUGGUAAAUAGCGAUAUAAUUUCAGAUGUGUUCUUGAGAAAAAGUGUAAAGUGUCUAGUGGUUCAUGACACCGGAGGGAUUGACAUAGAACUUAUCGAAAAUGAAAACCCAGAGUUUCUGUACCACACUUACACUGGAAACAGAAUAUCCAACAUGUAUUAUGAAUAUGACGAUUCUAUAAAGAGCAAAGAAUUCUGUGAUGACAAAAAAAUAAAUAGGUUUUAUUCAUCCUUUUCUAGAAACGAAAACAUGAACACGAGAGGAUCUUCCGGGGUCGCUCACCAUUCUGUCAAAAGCGAAUACAUCAGAGGAGACCCCACCCCGAAUGGAACUUCAUCUAAUGGAACUUCAUACAAUGGAACUUUAUCUAACGGAACUUCAUCCAACGGAACGUUAUUCAACGGAUCUGCAGCGAACCAAUAUGCAGCGAACCAAUAUGCUGCGAACCAGUAUGCUGCGAACCAGUAUGCUGCGAACCAGUAUGCAGCGAACCAAUGUGAGAUGAAGAACACACCCAUCAAUGGUGUAGGGAAUGGAUGGAUGGGAGAAAAUCCAAGUGUACCAAAUUAUAACUUGGAUUUUUCUACAGAUAGUAAGUAUUUUAAUCAACUGGAUGAGGAGAAGUGUGCUAAGAAUAGUUAUAUAGAAGAUAAAAUUAUGAAUAAGUCAAAUGAAGUGUAUUAUAAUGAGAAAUACUAUACACGCAAUGAAAAUAGAAAUAAAGUUACAGUAAAUUCUUCAGUGGAAAGAAGCAAAAUGUUUGAUUCAUAUUCAUCAGUGUCUAGUGUAUCGAUAAACACUACCGAAAGGGAGAAGCGAAAGAAAUAUUAUUAUAUUGGAGAGACGGUUAAUAAUGUUCGUAAUGGAUGGGGAAUGCUUAUAUCUAACGAUAGGGUAAUAUUUGAAGGAGAAUACAAAAUGAAUAAUGCCAUUGGUUAUUUUAUCAAGUACAAUGAAUAUUCAACAGAAAUUGGUUAUAGGAGCCCACUAAGUGUAAAAUCUGUUGUCAUUAUGAGUGACAGCGAUAAUUUUAUUAUACAGAAUAGAUGUGAGAAUAUAGAAUCUGUAAAGAAUAAUGAACUUGUAGCUAGCCAAGAUGAUGAUUUAGAAAAAUUCGUACAUAAUAAUGGUAGAAUGCAAAUGAAUGGAAAAAACAGAAUAAAUUAUGAAGGAAGCAUCAUCCAAGGAACAGAUUGUGAAAAUAAAAAUGAAAUGACAAAAGGAGAAAUAAAUUUAUUAGAUACACAGAAAUUUACCAGCAUGAACAACUGCACUCCUUGUUCAGAUUUUCGAAGGUCAUCUGUCGUAUUUACUACUUCCAAUAGUAAUAAACUAUCAUACAGGAGGGGAAAUGUAUUAAUGAAUAACUAUAUAAACAGCACAAGAAGUAAUGAAUAUCGAUACGACAAAAGAGACGAAGAGGGAGAAGAUAAGUUUAAAAAUUUAAAUAUUAUUUCAAGCUACGUUAGAAAGAAUAGUAAGCAUAAAACAACUCCAGCACGUUCGAUAAAUUAUCUGAAACCACCAAUGAUGAAUUUAAUUAAAAAUAAUUUAAUCCUGAAUAGAAACUCUCGUUUAAAAAGUGAAAAAUCCUCAUCAGCUAGAAGAAAAAAAGAACACAGAACCAUGACUCACUGUUCUAGUCCAAUGAGUAUUAUUAUAACAUCUUUCGAUUCAGAUGAUGAAUCAGAUUAUUUUGAAAAUGAUGAAAAUAAAAAAUGUGAGGGGAGCUCAUUAGAUGAACAUAUGGCUACAAGCCCUUACGUCCAGCCUGCCACAGUCUUCUCAGAGGAUAUGGACGAAUUAAAGAAGACAAAUAAGUUAGAUAAAAAUGGAACUGAGGGAAAUUAUAGACUAAAAAAUUUGCAUAUUCAGAAUAAUAAUCCGUUGAAGGAUACUUGUUCUCAUAAUACAGAUCGUUCAACUCAUUUGGAGCUACAUGAAGAGAAGCAAAUGUUAAGUAUACCUUGUCAGGAGCAAGAUAAGGAAAAUAUAUCCAAGAAGGAGUGUCUAUGUCAUACACCAGUUCUUAGUGCACCAAAGGAGGUGCUUUUCAUCGGAGGUGAUAUUAAGCAGAAUGAAGAAGACUCAUGUGAGUGUGGGGAGAUAAGGAAGGAUAUAGACAUAGGUACUAGUCACGAAAAAAGAGAUAUAAUUGAAGAGGAAGGAAUGGAUAGUCCCAUUUGUUUCAAGACAGAACCAUUGGGAAAAUACCAAGACAGCCAAAAUGAGCUAAAUGCGUUAAAGAGACAAGAUAAUCUUGCCAAACCAAACAGAUUAGAAAGUCUCGAAAGACAAGACAGGCAAAACAGACUAGAUAGCCUAAACAAGCUAAACGGAUUAGAGAGACUGAGCAAACUAAAUAUUGUCAUCACGGAUGAAUAUAGAAACCUUAUUUGCGAAAAUAUUAAUAAUGACAACUUUGUCAUAAAAAAUAAUGAAAUUACGACUUUUGAUGAAUUUUUGGAGAACCAGGGAUAUUGUGACGAAGGAGAAAGGGAAAAAUGGAGGGAUACAAUUCGAGAUCAGAAUAUAGAACAAGACAACAUGGGAGAGGAUGGAAACAUGUCAAAAUGUGAGUGUGGUGAGUAUAAUACCCCCAUGGAGAUUAGCACUACUUUUUCAAGUCCUGAUGUUGUAGAAAAUUUCUCAGAUAUACAGAAAGGCGAAGGAAAUGGAUGGUAUCCUUUUAAAAGCAAUAGCACAGAAGUGGAUGUGUUAAAAAAGAAAGGAGAGAAAAAUUAUGAACAUCUAAAUAAAACAUUUAUUAGGAGAAGAUUGAGAGGGGCAACAUUUCCUGAAGCACACGACGAUAGACAGAAGAAUUGUUUCCUUUUUAUAGAUGAUUAUUUAACAUCAAAUGAUGCCAAAUUUGAUAUGAUAAAUGAAGAUGUAAAAUUAAGAGCAUCAGAUUAUAAUAAAUGGUCUGUUAAUAUGUUAUAUAAUUUUUUAAAAAUGAUUGGAUUAAAAAAAGAAGCAUAUUUAUUCAAGAUACAUAAAAUAAGAGGAUAUCACAUUUUAAAAUUAACAGAUAAAGAAUUAAAAAAAUUGAGCAUAAAUAAUUCAUAUGUGCGUAAAUUUGUUUUAUCUGUUUUUCGAUUUUUAGUAAAUUCUCUGGAUAGUGCAGAUCCAUUAUCAUUAAAUUUUAACAGUAAUAAAAAAUUUUCAUUUAACAAAAUUAAAGCAAUAUGCAGUAAUGAUAUCAUUAUACUUAACAAAGUUGGAGGUGGGAGCUAUGCUCAAGUGUUUAAGGCAAAAUAUCGAGGGAGAUACGUAGCUUGUAAAUUAUUUUUAUACAAUCCAAAGGAUAUGAGUGAAGAGAGUUAUUGCGAAAGUUACAUAUCUACUCCUAGAUCAAGUCAUAAAUAUAUUUUUCCAAAAAUUAAUCCAAGUUUUACUAUGUUCAAUGAGGAGAACUUUGCUAACACAGGAUCAGCGGGAGGAAAAUCUGAUAUUGCAAAUAGAGCAGUAAAUGAUACUGAAAGAGAAGGAAAAGAUCGGGAAAGUGACUUUAUCCACUCUGUGGACUCUCCAUGCAUGCAACUGACUCAGGGUUAUAAUGAGAAAAAUGUUGCGGAUAUUCCAUAUGAAAAAGGAUUGUAUACAUCUUUUGAUGAAAAAAAGGAUAAGGGAAAUGUUGAAUAUAUAAAUAGUACUUCUUAUACAUUGCAGAGAAAUAAAAAAAUCAAAAAAAUGGCAAAUCUGGAAAUUUUUCGAUACUUCCCAACCCCUGUAAAAUAUCGAAAUUAUGAAGCUAAAAUUUUAUAUUCAUUGCAAGGAUGUGAUCAUGUGAUUAAGCUAUUCGGUGUUUGUAGCUUAAGAGAAGGAGAAGAAUCCCUAAUACUACAGUAUUGUGCAGGUGGAAGUUUAGAAAAGUAUAUAUAUAUGGACGAGAAAAAAAAAAAUUGUGUCUAUAUAAGAUGUUUAUCAAGACCUCAAAUUGUGAAAAUAUUUCAACAAGUAGCAGAAGGUAUGCACAAUGUUCACUGUAAUAAUUUUUUCCAUAGAGAUUUAAAACUUUCGAAUAUUUUACUAGAUGAUAAUCAAGAUGCUGUUAUAUCAGAUUUUGGAUUAUCUACACAUUUCUCUUCAAAUGAUAGUCCAACUGCGUAUGCUAUAUAUGGAAAUAUUUUUUAUGCAGCACCAGAGGUCUUAAAAGGUGAGGGAUUUUUUAAAGAAUCCGAUGUCUGGUCCUUUGGUGUUAGUCUAUGGGAAGCUCUAACAAAAAAAAUUGCUUAUGAUGGGUUGUCUGCUUCUGAAACCUUUUGUAAAGUAUCUUCAGGUGAAUUAAUUCUUCCCAUUCCAAAAGAUAUUCCAUUGGAAUUAUCCAACCUGUUAAGAAGUAUGUUGGAGUAUGACUUUACAAAAAGACCUCUCUUCAAUGUAAUAGCCAAGAGGCUCGAGCAUAUAAGGUUGGAUGCCGAGAAGAACCUGCACGUGGAUAUUCAUUCGUUUUUUGAUGGAUAG